AAGGGAUGGUCCACUUACCACUUACCAGUCUGGUGAACUCAUGAAACCAUCGUCACACACAUCUUCUUCCUUUAUACUCUCUUCCUCAACCUUCUCUUCUCUACAUACCCAAACGGAGGAUUACACUUUAUUCCCCAACUUAUCCUCUCUCUCGUGUAUCAAGCUGAUUUGGUGAUUGAUUCAGGGGCUAAAGAAACACCAAAAACCAAAGUUGCAAGGUUCAUUAAUUAACUCAUGGCCUUUGAGCAUGAACACUAUUUUUCCCAAGAAUGGAAAUCCAUUCCAAAUUCUGUUUCAGAGAAUUGUGACAGUUGUUUUGAUUGCAACAUCUGCUUAGAUUUUGCACAUGAACCAAUAGUCACCCUAUGUGGCCACCUCUACUGUUGGUCCUGCAUCUACAAGUGGCUAUUUGUGCAAAGUGCUUCUCUUGGACCUGAUGAGCCUCCACAGUGCCCAGUUUGCAAGGAUGAUAUAUCUCACACCACAAUGGUUCCUCUUUAUGGCAGGGGACAGACCGCAAAUCACCGUGAUUGCAACCGCGACACAAAAGCUACCCUUCGAGAUAUUUCUGUACCACCAAGACCACCUGCUUCAGGGAUUCAGUCCCUAUUGGCAAAGUUAACAUCACCUCAAAGUGUUCAGCAGCUUCCGUAUCGUAAUCCUUAUCAGAAUCAACAUAUUAACACUCCUCCAUACCAAGAGAAUGAUACAUCACAAAUGCUCAAUGUGGGUGCCUUUAUGACACCAGUAUUACCCCACUUAUUAUUUGGGAACUCAGAAAAUUUACAUCAUGAUAUGAUGGAAAGUAAUAGUCCUAGGUGGAGAAGGCAAGAGAUGCAGGCAAACAAAUCAUUGAACAGAAUUUCGUAUUUUCUCUUUUGUUGCUUUUUCCUGUGUUUUAUCCUCUUCUGAGAUAUUCAUUAUUGCAUUAUAUUUGAGCUUGAUAUAUUGUAUAAGUCUCUUACUUGGAAUGUUUUACCUUAUUCUAUAAUAAAUAAUAACGUGCUUUAGUUCAAAAUAA